AUGUCUGAUGAAGAAUCCGAUGAAUCCAUAUUACUGAUACCACCGUACAUUGCGCCUGAUGAAGAACCCGUAGUAUCAAUGUAUGUGAUACCACCGUACAUGCUUGACACAUACAACGGCUCACAACUACAGAAAGAACUUUUUAAAAACAAUCCACAAUUGAGUGAAACCAACUUGAUAACACAAGAUUCCCCAUAUUUUUAUAAUUCACAAUCAAUAUCCAAUGAUAAAAGCAACAACGAGAAUAAAUACAAAUUUUCAGACAAUCCCAUAUUGAAUCAUCUAAUACAGGAGAAGAUUCUAUACAAGUUAAGCAUACUUGGAGUUUUGGGAGUGAAUCCAAUGGAGUUUAACAGAUAUGAUGAAAAGUACAUAUAUGAAACGUUUGAAAUAUUUAAAACAAGAAUAUUGGAGGAAACAGAAGACAGUAAUGAAACUGAGAGUAGAAGUAGUAGUAAUCCAUCAACUAAAGAUUCUUUUGGUGGUAAUAAUAAUUUCAAAACUUUAUUUGCGUCUGACGAAUUAGGAGAAGUUGGAUUUAUGAAUUUAUAUAAAUACAAUGAAGAGUCAAAACUAAAGUAUGAAAAAGAUCCAAUUUAUAAAAUAUCAUGCAAUCUACCUUUAAAAAAUUUGUUACUAAUUAAUGAUGUUUUCUAUAAAAACAAACUGAAUUAUCAACCAAGCUAUGUCACAUUCGGUAAGGACAAUGAUUUUCAUUAUCAAUUACCUUUGAAUUGGACACCAUUAAUACCUUCCAAGCAUGUUAAAUAUCUCAAAGAGAACUGGGAUCUUAAUAUAGAUAAUUCCUCAGGCUAUUCUACCAUAAGUUUGAAACAAAAUAGCUCAACUUCGGGGGAUAUUAGCAAUACUGUUGAUGUCAACAAAAGUAGGUACUAUAAUUUUAUCACAGAUAAUUCAAUCAAAUCAUCAACUGGGAUCUUUUAUUAUGAAAUUGAAGUCAAACAAGUUCUAACUCAAUCCACUAAUUACAAAUCUAUAAUUUAUAUGAAUGAUUUAUCAGUUAGUUCUAAUUCGACCAUGGAAAUUCUAGCCGGAUUUACAAAAAGGUUCGUCGCGUACGACACAGUGAAAAUCCUGUCAUCCACAAUAACGCAAUCGAACCUUAUAGACUUAGAGAAAUUGAAAAAUGAUGUAUUGCAUGACGAAAACUCAGAAGGAUUUUCUAAUUCGGAUUUGAAAGUUUUGUUAAAUACCAAACCAGGUGAAUUCAAGGGUAGUUAUGCUGUGAAUUUUGCUGAUUCUUCAUUCAACAACUCAAUUAAAGGCUCCGAAUCACAAACUCGAACUCAAAUAUUAAAUAUGAAUAGAAGAUUAAGUACAGCUAUUAGAAAUAAUCAAGUCGAAAUAGACUCAGGUAAGUUAGAUCUUGGCGUACCUUUCAAAACCAAAUUGAUAGAAGAUGAAAAUAGUCAGAGGAUAUACAAAACAGAUGUUGUAGGUUGUGGUAUAAAUUUUGUUAAUAAAACUAUGUUCAUUACUUUGAAUGGGGUUUUAACUAGGAUAAUUAACGAAAAAGAAAUGGCUUCCAAUCAUUCGAAUUCAAACGACUUAUUUGAAAAUUCUACAAAGGAUUCGAAUGACGGGGUUGAGUUAUAUCCAAUGUUGGGAUUCAAGUUGAACGAGAAAGAUACAUAUCAGGAUGAGAUCUCAAAUGAAGAUUCCAGCACCUGCGAAGUUACAACUAAUCUAGGGUUUAAAGAAUUUAAGUUUAAUAUUAAAAAUUACGUUGAUGAAUUUAAGAAUGAAAACCAAAAAAGCACAUACCUAUCGUUGAUAGAAAAGAUGAAAAAUCAAAAUAACAAGGCAGAUGAUUCUGAAGAUUUGAAGAUAGAAAAUUCCAUAUUGAAUACCGACGAAGAUCCUGAAACAAUGAAUAAAUUGAUAGAGGGCUAUUUGGUUCAUAGAGGUUAUAUCAGCACUUUUAAAGCUUUCAAUACAGACAUAAAAGAUCUACUGACUGAAAACGAUCAGAUGGAUAAUGCUGAAAUUGACAGCGGUUUUGAAAACAUUCUUGAUAGAACUUAUGCUAUUGAAAGACAACACAUACGGAAGUUGAUGCAAGAAAACAAAUUUGAUGAAAUCAUUCCAUAUCUUGAAACAGAAUUCUCAUCGUCUAUAUUCAGGGACACAGUAUUUGCAAAUUCAAAAUAUGAAAUCAAAAAGCUUGACUUUAUGUUUACUUUGCAUAACUAUUUGGAAAGAAAGAUAUACUCACAUAAAUACCUGGACUACUUUGAAUUCACUGAUAAUGUGCAGGACCUUUUUAAUAAGGCAAUAUAUCAAAGAAAUCAACUUUUGAAAGAAUACUCUGGUCAGUCAGCAAAAACUGAUGAAAUAAACGAAAUUUCAUCACUACUUUUGAUUGGACGGUUCAUAAAUAUGGAUAAUUUUCCAAAUGCUACCUUGGUCUUGAAAAAUUUCAAUCUACAGUUUGAAAAAACUUUUGACCUAAUCAACUCAACUAUAUUGAGAUUGAGUGGAUAUGAACCAAAAUCAAAUCUCGAAAAUAUAUUCGAAAAAGUGAAUCAGAAUUUAUCUAAAUUGGUUAAAAACGGUAAUGGUGCUGAAUUUAUGUUUUUGAAUUUGGAAAAAGAUUAUGUUGAUAGUUAG